AUGGCCAAGAAGCGGAAAUUCACAUCAGAAGAACACAAUACUCAACAAAAGACUGUACCAGUGGAAGUUGUCAUAGAAGAUGUAACAAAACACCCAAUUUGCCUUCAUGGGCCUACUUUAUUGUUUUCUUCUGAAAAAGGGAGAUACUUUGCUUGUGCUUCGUGCCGCGAUAAGAAAGAAUGUCCUCUACAUAUAGACGAAGAAGAUUGGAAAAAGGAAGGUGUUAGGAAACGUAAUGAAAAAUACUAUAACCUAAUUCCUAAAGUAGAUAAAAAAGCCGCCUGGAAUACUCUUACCGAGGUGAAAACUCGUCAUGCAUCUGAUCGUGCUUAUUGUAACACAUGCAAUGAAUUAUUUAAUAUAUCUCAGACCAAAAAGCACAGGGGAGAUCAUAGAGUGACAACGCCCCUUACAGAAGAACAGCUCAGUAACCCCUCAUCAUGGCUUCCAACAUUAGAAAAUGACUACCGUGAAGCUCAGUACUUAUUUAAGAAGAAAGCCAUUACUACUGUGCUUGGUAUAUUGAAGAAUAAUAAAAUUAGCAAUAUCCUUUGUAUUGGAACACCAACUAUUCACGAAGCAGCACAAGCAAGUCCAGAGUUUGAGUCUUUACUCUUAGAUUUUGACACUCGGCACCAUCAAUUCAAUGCCCCCAAUAAGUUUCUAUGGUACAACAUGUUUAAUAACUAUUUGUUUGAUGGGAACAAUGAUGAAAAGAUCCUAAAGAAAUUCUUGAAAGGGUCAAAGGAAAAAGGAUUAUGUAUAGUAAUGGACCCACCAUUUGGUGGAAGAGUGGAACCAUUAAUACACACCAUCAGGGAACUAUCAUCCACAUACAAUCAGAUUUGCGAAACGGAGGGAAUUUUACCCAUCAUAUGGGCUUUUCCAUAUUUCUCGGAGCCAUAUAUAAAAAACAUGAUGCCUGAACUUAAGAUGCAUGACUAUAAGGUUGAAUAUGAAAACCAUAAAAAAUUCAAGAACAGUAAAAGCGGUAAGCAAGGAUCGCCAGUUCGUUUCUUCACAAAUCUGCCCUUGCGUACAAUAGAUCUAUCUAAUGAUAGCAAUUAUAAAUAUUGUGAGACAUGCAAAUAUUGGGUUGCAAAAACUAACAAUCACUGCAACAUAUGCAAGGAAUGCUGCAGCAAAGAUGGUACAAGCUAUGUCCAUUGCAAGAAAUGUAAUAGAUGUGUUAAGCCAACCUAUGAACAUUGUGGAACUUGUGAAAGAUGCUGUCACCCAAAUCAUAGGUGUGGAGUGAUUGUCGAGUCCCAGUCAUGCUACAACUGCAAUCAAAAGGGGCAUAAGCAGUCUCAGUGUCCUCAAAAAACAACAGGAAGAAAUAAGAAACGGAAGUCUAAUUAA